UUUUUUUUUCUCUGUUCAUGUGCAUGUGUUUUUGUGUGUGUGUGUGCCAAAACGUGCAAAAGUAAAGUGUGCAAAAAUACAGCGAAAAUACUAAACAAAAAGCAGACGGCACGAAAUAACCAAAGUGCCAGAGAGAGAGAGGAGAGCGAGGGAGCGCCGGAGAGCGUCAUCGAACGAACGUGCUCUCUCUCGCUGCUGCUGGCGUGCGAGACGGAGAGCGGAGCAAACACCACACGGAAUACAUUACUCUCUCUCUCUCUCUCUCUCUAUCAAACCCGAACGGGCAGCUGAUUUUUGCCGGCAACUGUGUCAGCUGUUCCUCACUCUCUCGCUCUCCCCCUCCCGCUGCCCAAGGCAGGCUCUAUAUCUACGUUUGGUUAGGAGAGGGUGCAGUAGUGCGGAGGCAUAAUGGACAGGUUUUUGCUGUUAUGCCGCUCUUGAAACGCAUCUAUGGAGCGAUUAUCGCUCUAACUCUGGCAUUCCACGAACAAGAAGAAGACUAAUAGAAGAACCGCAAUACGAAAAAGGAGUCGCAAGAAGAAGCAUAGAUAUAAAACCAGCAUCAUCACCAUGUUGGCCUCUGCCACAACCACAACGCCCUCGGCAACGGCCGCAGCGAACGCAACGGCAACAGCAGCAGCAGCCGCUGCCGCCGCACGUAAACGCAGUCGCAGCGCCAGCAAUGGCAGCAAACGCAACACAGGCGGCGGUCGCAAAUUAACAAAGAGCAUGUCCGCUGGCGCGCAAUUGCAGAUGGCCCCACAGAACACUUCGACCCUAAGCCACCAUCAUCCCAACCAGCAGCCGCAGCAGCAGCCCCAACAGCAGCUGCAGCAGCAGCCCCCACAGCAACAGCAGCAGCAGGCUCCUCCCCAGCAACAGCAGCAGCAGCAGCAGCACUUUGCCAAUCAUCACAGCUCGCAACAGCAACAGCAGACGCAACAGGAGCAACAGAAUCCCCAGCAGCAGCAGCAGCAGCAGAUCCUGUCGCAGCCACACCUACAGAUCCUCCAGAAGCAUCAGCAUCAACUGCUGCCCCCACACCAGCUGCACCAGCAGCAACAGCAACAACAGCAGCAGCAGCAUUUCCACCAGCAAUCGUUGAGCCUGCACCAGCAACACCAGCAGCAACAUCAGGUGGCAGCGGCAGCAGCGGCUGGGGGCAGCAGCAAUCCCGACUCGAAUAUGAGCACUGGUUCCUCGCACAGCGAGAAGGAUGUCAACGAUAUUCUGGCCGGAGGAGCAGGAGCCGCAGCAGCGGCAGCGGCAGCAGCGGCGGCGGCGGCGGGCAUCGGUAUGUCGGUGCCGCAGUGCCCCAGUUUUCCACCGACCCUAGGGAUGCAGCACUCGAACAACGGUGGCGUUGGUGGUGUUGGCGGCGUUGGUGGAGCCAAUGACAUGUACAUAACGACGACGACGGCGACCACCACGCCGGUGAAGCCGCGCACGCCAGCCGAGCGGAAGCGCAAACGGAAGAUGCCGCACAAUGCGGAGGAUGCGAGUGGCGCGGGCGGCGGCGGUGGUUCGGGCGGAGCCGUGAACAACAGCAGCGGGCUGGGGGGAGGCCUGAAGGGCAAGUCCCUGCCCUUUCGUGAUAUGCCCAAGGUGACCAUGAGCCUCGGUCUCGGCGAGCGCCUCAGUGGGACGGGCGUUUCGGGCGGCGCCGGAGGCGUCUCCAGUGGAGCCGGCGUCGGCGGUGGCAGCUCCAGCUCUGGCACAGGAGCGGGCGGCAAGAGUGCGCGCCUCAUGCUCACCGGCAGCGACAACAAGAAGAUCAACGACUACUUCAACAAGCAGCAGUCGGGCGUUGGAGUGGGCGUAGGAGUGGGCGUGGGCGUUGGCGUCGGAGUCGGAGGAGUGGGCGUUGGAGCGGGCGGCAAUUCGGCGACCCUACGCGGCACCCACACCGGCAGCAAGUCACCCUCAUCCGCCCAGCAGCAGCAGCAACAGCAGACCACCCAACAGCAACAGCCGACAGUGUCCGUUGCCUCGGGAGGAGUGCCCGCCUCCAGUGUCCAGGUGCAGGUGCAGACCAGCCAGGUGCAAACGAGCAGCGCAUACUCCCUGUAUCCCGCUAGUCCACAGACGCAGGUGGCGCCCAGCCAAGUGCAGCAGCAGCAGCAGCAGACCGGAGCGGACUUCCACUACGUCAACUCCGGCAAGCAGCAGCAACAGCAGCAGCAACGCCAGCAGCAGCAGCAGCCACAGACUUCCAAUCAAAUGGUUCCUUCGCACGUGGUCGUCGGCCUGGGGCAUGCCCUCAGUCUGGCCUCCAUCCAGCCGCCCCUCAUCCAGACGCAGUCGCAGUCGGCCCAAACCCAGCAGCAGCAACAGCAGCAGCUCGGUCCACCCGCCACAUCGACGGCCAGCGGGCCCGGCGGAGUGGCCGUUGUGGCCUCACAUCCCCACCAGCUCAGCUCUCUGGGCGUCGGCGGUAUGGGCGUGGGCGUUAGUGUGGGCGUGGGCGUGGGUCCGCCCUUGCCGCCGCCAAUGCCCACCACGAUCACGUACAGCAAGGCCACGCAGACGGAGGUGUCGCUGCACGAGCUGCAGGAGCGGGAGGCGGAGCACGAGACCGGGAAGGUGAAGCUGGACGAGAUGACAAGACUGUCGGACGAGCAGAAGUGCCAGAUACUGGGUAACCAGAAGACGAUCGACCAGCACAAGUCGCACAUUGCCAAGUGCAUCGAUGUCGUGAAGAAGCUGCUGAAGGAGAAGAGCAGCAUCGAGAAGAAGGAGGCGCGCCAGAAGUGCAUGCAGAAUCGCCUGCGGCUGGGACAGUUUGUUACACAGCGUGUGGGCGCCACAUUCCAGGAGAACUGGACGGACGGUUAUGCGUUCCAGGAGCUGAGCCGACGGCAGGAGGAGAUCACCGCCGAGCGCGAGGAGAUCGACCGCCAGAAGAAGCAGCUGAUGAAGAAGCGUCCGGCGGAGUCCGGACGCAAGCGGAACAACCAGAACAGCAACCAGAACAACCAGCAGCAGCAGAAUUCCAAUUCCAAUGAUUCCUCCCAGCUCACGGGCGGCGGUGGCCCCGGCGGCAGUGAUCGCCUCGGUGGCGGUGGCGGUGCCGCUGGCAGCGUUGACAGCGGAAUGGGUGGCCAAAAUUCGGGCGCUCUCGGUGGCUCCGGUGCCGGUGGUGUCGGCGGUGGCGGCGGCGGAGGUGGCGGCGGCAGCGGACGCGGCCUCUCGCGCUCCAAUUCGACGCAGGCCAACCAGGCACAGCUCCUGCACAACGGCGGUGGCGGGUCUGGCGGCAAUGUCGGCGGCAAUAGCGGCGUGGGUGAUCGCCUCUCGGACCGCGGCGGCGGAGGCGGCCUUGGGGGCAACGACAGCGGCAGCUGUUCCGAUUCGGGGACGUUCCUCAAGCCCGAUCCCGUCUCGGGGGCCUACACAGCGCAGGAGUACUACGAAUACGAUGAGAUCCUCAAGCUGCGACAGAACGCCCUCAAAAAGGAGGACGCCGAUCUGCAGCUGGAGAUGGAGAAGCUCGAGCGGGAGCGUAACCUUCACAUACGUGAACUCAAGCGGAUUCUCAACGAGGAUCAGUCCCGCUUCAACAAUCAUCCCGUGCUGAACGAUCGAUAUCUGCUGUUGAUGCUGCUGGGCAAGGGCGGCUUCUCCGAGGUGCACAAGGCCUUCGACCUCAAGGAGCAACGCUAUGUCGCAUGUAAGGUGCACCAAUUAAACAAGGAUUGGAAGGAGGAUAAGAAAGCUAAUUAUAUCAAACACGCCCUGCGGGAAUACAACAUCCACAAGGCACUGGAUCAUCCUCGCGUCGUGAAGCUCUAUGAUGUGUUCGAGAUCGAUGCGAAUUCCUUUUGCACCGUACUCGAGUACUGCGAUGGCCACGAUCUGGACUUUUAUCUGAAGCAACAUAAGACUAUACCCGAGCGUGAAGCGCGCUCGAUAAUAAUGCAGGUUGUAUCUGCACUCAAGUAUCUGAAUGAGAUUAAGCCACCGGUCAUCCAUUACGAUCUGAAGCCCGGCAAUAUACUACUGACCGAAGGUAAUGUCUGUGGCGAGAUCAAGAUCACCGACUUUGGCCUGUCCAAGGUGAUGGAUGACGAGAACUAUAAUCCAGAUCAUGGCAUGGAUCUAACCUCCCAGGGAGCGGGCACCUAUUGGUAUUUGCCACCCGAAUGCUUUGUCGUUGGCAAAAAUCCACCGAAAAUCUCAUCAAAAGUUGAUGUAUGGAGUGUUGGUGUGAUAUUCUAUCAGUGUCUGUACGGAAAGAAGCCAUUCGGGCAUAAUCAGUCGCAGGCCACCAUCCUGGAGGAGAAUACCAUACUGAAAGCCACCGAAGUGCAGUUCUCCAAUAAGCCAACUGUUUCGAAUGAGGCAAAGAGCUUCAUACGUGGAUGUUUGGCGUAUCGUAAAGAGGAUCGCAUGGAUGUGUUUGCAUUGGCAAGACACGAGUAUAUCCAGCCACCGAUACCGAAGCAUGGCAGGGGAUCACUCAAUCAGCAGCAGCAGGCGCAGCAGCAGCAACAGCAGCAGCAGCAGCAACAGCAGCAACAGUCAUCGACAUCGCAGGCCAAUUCAACCGGCCAGACCUCGUUCUCAGCCCACAUGUUUGGCAACAUGAAUCAGUCCAGCUCAUCCUAGCUGCCAACUAAACGCAAUUCCAAUUCAUAAUUCGCCGCCGCCGCCGCAGCAGCCACAGUCGCACAACAACAACAACAGCAGCA